ACGAAUGUCACGCAAGCUGGCUUCCAUAGCACCAUCAUGGAUACCUACUUUGCCCAACUCGAGACCAUGUAUAACGCUGGAGCUCGGUCUUUCCUCUUGCUCACAGUUCCACCGAUUGAGCGCGCACCGCUCUUUUACGUCCAAGGGUCGUCUGUUCGAAAUGGAGUCAGCGAUGCCGUCAAGGACUACAACAAGCAGCUCGCUCAACGUGCCAAAAAGUUUAUGCAAACUCACCGCGGGAGCGAGGCCAUUAUCUACGACACUUCCAAAGUCUUCAAUACUUUAAUGAACAAUGACAAGGAAUUGGGCUAUGUCAACGUCACGGGAUACGCCGACCCGUAUGCAAAUGGCACGCCCACAACUACCACCCAAGUUGCAGGUUAUGCUCCUGUGUCCAGCUAUUUCUGGCUCAAUAUGGCUAUUAGGAUGAUAUUCACUGUCACGGCGUUAACAAAAUCACCAGACCUACCCACUUGGGUCCAGAUCAACGAUCUCGAGAGGGUUGUGCAUCUUUAUAAACUCUUCACUUUGGACUCCCAUUACUUGGCACUAUAUAUCACUUUGAAUUUGAGUACAAGAUCACGUUGA